AGCUAGUAACGGACCCAUCUGAUAUAUACACAGCCUUUCAAACAGGAAAACCGAUAAAAAAGAAAAAGAACAUUUCAACUUCUUCGAGAAUCAACGACGGAUAUAUUUGUCCCUUCUCUUUCUCCGUCCAGUUUAUUCUCUUUAGGGUUUCCUCCUUGAUUCCUGAAUUAAAUCCAAUCAAAUUCAUUUCCUUGAUUUAACGGACACAAUUCCGUAACUACAUUUCUGAUUUGAUCAUAUAGAGAAGAAAGGAACAGGAAUCAUGAUUCAGAUUCCUUUCCCUUUCUCCGAUUCCGAAUUGCGUAUGCCUAUCGUCUUCUUCCUCAUUCUCAGUCUUUGCUUCAUCUCCGGCAUCCAUUCCGAGUCUGUCAUCCAAUUGCCUACGGACCGCCGGGACAUUUAUGAUGUCGAUCCAUGCAGCGGAUCGGAAAAACCUGCAUCUUGCCCUGUGAAAUGCUUUCGGACUGACCCCGUAUGUGGUGCGGAUGGCGUCACCUACUGGUGUGGUUGCGGGGAGGCCCGGUGCGCGGGGACCAAGGUGGUGAAAAAGGGCUUCUGUGAAGUCGGGAACAAUGGGGCCGCCGCUCAGGCAAUGCUUCUUCUCCACAUUGUUUGGUUAAUCGUGCUUGGUUUGUCAGUCUUGUUUGGCCUUUUUUGACUUUGUUGUUUAAUUCAUUUAUUUGUAUCUACUUGGGCAUGUAUGAUUCUUUUUUUUUUUUUUCCUGAUUUUCUUUUCUCAAAUUUUGUAUUCUGAGCUCAGAGGUGGAAUUAAUCGGCUACUGUUGUUGAUUUGCUUACAUUCUUGUAUUGAGUAUACGCCCAUGACACAAUUAAUGGAUUCUUUUCACCAAUUUUAAUUCUUUAUGUUCUUGUAUGUUCUUUA